CCCACCGCCAUCUUGAAUUCAAGAUGGCGGUUCUUCGCCUCGAUAUAAGAAAUGGGAGAGCUGUCUGCUCACAGUUAGUCACUGUCUUCACUCCAUUCGCCAUGAGGUUGUUACUAUUGCUGGGGCUCCUUGCCAUUUCCCUCGUCCUUACAGAGGGGCUCACGCUGGUGUGUUACUUCAGUUCCUGGGCAACAUACAGACCGGGAGCUGGCAAGUUCACAGUCGAAGACAAUGACCCCACCCUCUGCACUCAUCUCGUCUACGCCUUCGCUGGGCUGGGCAGCAACAAUGAGAUCAGGGUGUUGGAUCCCUACAACGACCUGUGCGAAGACUACGGCAAAUGCGGCUUCGAUCGCUUCACCAACCUGACUCACAGGAAUCCCAAACUCAAGACCACUUUGGGAAUCGGUGGAUGGAACGAGGGUUCAACCAAGUACUCGAACAUGGCAGCUGAUCCCGCAAAAAGAAAGACCUUCGUCGACUCUGUAAUAGUUCUUCUGAAGAAACACAACUUCCACGGUUUGGACAUGGAUUGGGAAUACCCUACACAGAGAGGCGGAAAGCCUGAGGAUUAUGACAAUUACAUCAGCCUCAUGAAAGAGCUCUACGAAGCCCUUCACGCCGAGAACAUGAUCCUGACAGCUGCCGUGUCUGCUGGGAAGGCCACCAUCGACCCAGCCUAUAACAUCCCUGAGUUGUCCAAAUACAUCGAUAUCCUUCACCUGAUGACCUACGAUCUGCAUGGCAGCUGGGAGCCAUAUACUCACCACCAUUCCAUUCUCUAUGCUUAUCCUGAGGAUACUGGAGAUACGCUUUAUCUCAACCAGGACUUUGCCGUGAACUACUGGUUGGAGAAGGGAGCUCCCAAAGAGAAACUGGUCAUGGGCAUCCCCCUGUACGGUCGUACCUUCAGGCUAAAAGACGAAACCGACACUGGAAUCUAUGCCCCAGCUACCCAGCCUGGUGCCGCUGGACCAUACACGAGAGAACCUGGAUACCUCGGGUACAAUGAAAUUUGCGAGUAUCAGAUGACAGAGGACUGGACAGUGGUGCAUGAUCCCGCCAUGAACGAGCCCUAUGCCUACUACAUCCCCAAUAACUAUUUGUGGGUCGGAUAUGAUGACCCUGACUCCGUUGCCAUCAAGGCUCAAUACACCAUGGACAAAGGCCUCGCCGGCUGCAUGGUCUGGAGUGUCGAGACAGACGACUUCCACGGCAAGUGUCAUGGCGUGAAAUUCCCUCUGCUGACGACUAUGAUGGAAGUACUAAGCGGUGGAGCCUACACUAAGCCAUCCACUCUGCCACCCACCACUUGGGACCCAUUCAGAACUUCGCCCGACCCAGCCGCUCACUGCAAGCAGGCAGGACCCAACCCUGACCCCAAUGACUGCACCCACUACUGGUUCUGUAACAUGGGCGAACAGGGAUGGGAGGAAUACGAGAGGAAGUGCGAUGCUGGAACACUCUUCAGCCCCACAGUCCUCAUCUGCGACUGGAAAGACAACGUCUGCAAGGCUGGUUUCUGUCCCAACGACUGCGCAUGAGCGAUUCGGAAAUAAUGAAUUAAUGUAAACGUUCAUUUUCUCUUAAAAUAAACCAAUAGCUUUUACCCUACAA